AUGGCUGCUGAAAAGGAAGUCAAUCCCAAAGCCUACCCCCUCGCCUCCUCCGAGCUCACCAACUCCAUCCUGGACACAGUGCAGCAAGCCUGCAGCUACAAGCAGCUAAAGAAGGGCGCCAACGAAGCAACUAAGGGCCUCAACAGGGGCAUUGCGGAGCUGGUGGUUCUUGCUGCUGACGCGGAGCCUCUGGAGAUUUUGCUGCACCUUCCUCUGGUCUGUGAAGACAAGAACGUGCCUUACGUGUUUGUGGAGUCGAAGAUAGCGCUGGGCCGCGCCUGUGGGGUUUCGCGGCCAGUCAUCGCCUGCUGCAUCACCAGCAAAGACGGCAGCGCUUUAAACCCCCAAAUAGCUUCUCUCAAGAACAGCAUCGAGGCCAUGCUCAUCUAG